AUGGGAUUAGCUGCUCCAAGAAAAAGGCAGAAAAUUGGGUUGGAUCCCCGAAACAUCAAAUGGCUCAACGACAAAGACCGGUUUGGACAUCGUUUCCUAGUUAAUAUGGGAUGGAAACCAGGUGAGGGUCUUGGUCGAGUUGAGCACGCUAUUACUACACAUAUUAGGGUUAAAGUUAAGAGGGAUAACCUCGGAUUGGGAGCUGGUUUGGCUAAGAGACGUGGAGCUAAUGGAAGCGAAUUAGAUGCUGGUGAUAACACUUACUUGGACAACUUUCAGAAAUUGUUAGGACGAUUAAACGGUAAAGAAGAUGAAAUCAAUAGUGCCGUGGAAAUUAAAAGGAAGGAUAGAAUUAUAUCAGGAAAACGGGGCAUGGGCUUUGUGAGAGGCGCUACAUUAUCCAGUACUUGGGACCAACAGAAUAGGAAGCUAAAGAGAAAACCUGAUGAGGAGAACGAAGAUGAAAGAAAGGCAGGUUGUGAGAAGGAGAAGCUUGAUGAGCAAAGUAGCAGUGAUGAUGAGGAUCAUCACGGGAGCUCUAAGAAUUCUGGUAAGGGUCACCAGCAUCGUCAUCAUCAUCAUCAUAGAAAAGAGAAGUCCAAGAAGAGUGAGUCUAAGUCUGAAAAGCAUCAUCAUCAUCACCAUCAUCACCAUAAUCAUCACAAUAAGAAGCAGAAUUCGGAAGAUCGGAAAAGGCAACUUUUGACACCUUUACUUGAUGACUCUUAUAAUGGUACACCCACAGUUUUGAGAAGCAAGCUGGCGUUACGAUCCAAAUGGAUCAAGCAAAAGCGUGCUGCUGUUAUGGACGCCAAAGCAUUACAAGAAAUAUUUAUGGUUAGAUAG